UCGCAGACGGCUGCGGGCCGCCCGGGCGCCCGGCAUGUCCCCUGAGUGCGCGCAGUCGGCGGGCACCGGAUCCCCGCGCAGCCUGGAGCGGGCCAACCGCACCCGCUUCCCAUUCUUCUCCGACGUCAAGGGCGACCACCGGCUGGUGCUGACCGCUGUGGAGACGGUCGUGCUGGCGCUCAUCUUUGCGGUGUCGCUGUUGGGCAACGUGUGCGCUUUGGUGCUGGUGGCGCGCCGACGGCGCCGCGGCAACACCGCCUGCCUGGUGCUCAACCUUUUCUGCGCCGACCUGCUGUUCACCAGCGCCAUCCCGCCCGUGCUGGCCGUGCGAUGGACCGAGGCCUGGCUGCUGGGCCCGGUCGCCUGCCACCUGCUCUUCUACGUGAUGAGCUUGAGCGGCAGCGUCACCAUCCUCACCCUGGCGGCCGUCAGCCUGGAGCGCAUGGUGUGCAUCGUUCGCCUGCAGCGCGGCAUGCGGGGUCUGGGGCGGCGGGCGAGGGCCGCGCUGCUGGCGCUCAUCUGGGGCUACUCGGCGCUGUCCGCUCUACCCCUCUGCGUCUUCUUCCGCGUGGUCCCCCAGCGGCCCUCCGGCCAGGACCAGGAGAUUUCGAUUUGCACACUGGUUUGGCCCAGCAUUGCCGGAGAAAUCUCCUGGGAUGUGUCCUUUGCAACUUUGAACUUCUUGGUGCCAGGACUGCUCAUUGUGAUCAGCUACUCCAAAAUUUUACAGAUCACGAAGGCGUCAAGGAAGAGGCUCACAGUGAACCUAGCUUACUCGGAGAACCACCACAUCCGUGUGUCCCAGCAGGAUUUCCGGCUCUUCCGUACCCUCUUCCUGCUCAUGAUCUCCUUCUUCAUCAUGUGGAGCCCCAUCAUCAUCACCAUCCUCCUCAUCUUGAUCCAGAACUUCAAGCAAGACCUGGUCAUCUGGCCUUCCCUCUUCUUCUGGGUGGUGGCCUUCACAUUUGCCAACUCAGCCCUGAACCCCAUUCUCUAUAACAUGUCACUGUUUAGGAAUGAAUGGAGGAGAAUUUUUCACUGCUUCUUCUACCCAGAAAAGGGAGCCAUGUUUACAGAUACGUCUGUCAGAAGAAACGAUCUGUCUAUUAUUUCCAACUAAUUAAUUUUCUCCAUAGGCAGAGUUGAUCACCCUCUGGAAGACCAUAAUAUGUUUUCAAAGGGAAUUAAUUUCCAGGACUGUCACAUCCAUGUAGCCUGCUUCAAGAAAGUGUAACCUAUGCAAACACACAUUUAUAGCACCCGUCAAUUAAGGGGUGAUCAUUCAGUAUAACAGUUUUGCCCUUUAUAAAAAUGUUUUGCUGUGGGCUCCUGUGAAAUAGGAACUUUUUUCAGUAUGUUUGUAAUAUGAUUGAGUUUAAUGAAUUUUUAUUUAUAACUUCA